AUGCAACGAAUGUCUCCACGACAGAAAAGAAGAGAUCCCAUCAAGAUUCCACCGGCCGGGAUUCAGGAAGACAGUUACGAGACAACCCAGGAGAAGAACACUCAGGAAGAUGUCACAGUAAGUGUUGAUUUGGAUAAAGAUGUGAAUGAGACUAUAGAAGCAGAAGAAUAUCCAGUACCAUCUGCUCUCGACGAAACAAAGAAUCCCAGUCCUUCCAUCGAUGAAAUCAUAAGAAAGGCCAGUGCACCAGCUUCAGAAUCAUUGAGUGAUACCAAAAAACUAGAGAUCAUUGUGGCUGUUGCAGAACAAGUUGAGAAAAACCCAAAGGUGGUUAAAGCAGUCCCUUUAAGCAUAAUUCCACCCGAUUGGAAUGUUGCUUCUACCAUGGGUGGUCUACUCAUGCUGGACAAAAAUGAGUGUACCACGCCACAGCCUGCAAUCUGA